ACCGGACUGUGCUGCCGCUGGUAGGGUUUAUUCACAAACUCUCGUAGUUUCGCACCUCUGAAAGACGCGCGAAGCCGCUUCUGCGAUUCAAUUCAGCUCUUUCUUCUAUCAUCCUCGAGCUUUGCGAAUCGCUGAUCAUGGCAAACACAAUGGCUAGAUCUUUUCUGCAGGUCGCCGUCACGGAAGAGGUGGCAUCCCCUCUCCGAGUUGUUCAGAUUGAAGGCUUGGUUAUACUGAAGAUAAUCAAGCAUUGCAAGGAGUUUUCACCCUCCCUUGUGACUGGGCAACUUCUUGGGUUAGAUGUUGGUAGCGUUCUUGAAGUUACCAAUUGCUUUCCCUUCCCGACACGAGAGGAGGAUGAGGAGAUUGAAGCCGAUGGUGCUAAUUACCAGCUUGAAAUGAUGAGAUGUCUGAGAGAAGUCAAUGUUGACAAUAACACUGUUGGAUGGUACCAGUCAACCUUCUUAGGUUCAUAUCAGACUGUAGAGUUGAUUGAGACCUUUAUGAAUUAUCAGGAAAAUAUCAGGCGGUGUGUCUGCAUUAUUUAUGACCCAUCAAGGUCUAAUCAAGGCGUCUUAGCUCUCAAGGCAUUGAAGCUUUCAGAUUCUUUUAUGGAGCUUUACCGCAGUAACAACUUUACAGGAGAGAAGUUGAGGGAGAAGAAUUUCUCAUGGGUUGAUAUUUUUGAGGAAAUACCUAUAAAAGUUUCAAAUUCAGCCCUCAUUAGUGCUUUUAUGACUGAGCUUGAAGCUGACUCUCCAGUCACCCAGUGUGAUUAUGACCGCCUACAACUUUCAACUAAUCCAUUUAUGGAGAGGAAUGUGGAAUUUCUUAUUGAAUGUAUGGAUGAUUUGUCGGUGGAGCAGCAGAAGUUUCAAUUCUAUUAUCGGAGUCUGACCCGUCAGCAAGCUCAGCAGCAAGCAUGGCUUCAGAAGAGAAGGGCUGAGAACAUGGCGAGGAAGGCAGCAGGAGAAGAACCUCUCCCUGAGGAGGAUCCUGCGAACCCCAUCUUUAAACCACUCCCUGAGCCAUCACGUUUGGAUAGCUAUCUCAUAACCAAUCAAAUAGGAAACUACUGCAACCAAAUCAAUGGGGUUGCGGGACAGAGUUUCAACAGACUUCAUUUGAUGAAGGCUUUACAUGACAAUUAACUUUCUGACGCUUUUGAAGAUCUAUUCUCUUCGCAGCGUCUAUUUUUUUUUUUUUUUUUUUUUUUUUUUUUUUUUUGUUUUGUUAUGCAUGUGAAAUUGGGAAGAGUAAAACAAGAGAUUUUAUUUUGAUAUGAGUCGUAGAGUUGCUGUAAUCUAUUUUUAAUUUAAUCAAAUAUCGUCGUUUCGAUUUGCUCCAUAAA